GGCCGGGGAGGCCGGGGAGGCCGGGGAGGCCGCGGCGCGGUCACUGCGAGCUGAGCCGAACUGCGCUGAUCGCCAUCCGGGCCCAGCCCUCGCGCGCGAUCCUACGGGCCCUGUGGCGCCGUAGCCCAUGGAGCUCGAGAACAUCGUAGCGAACACGGUGCUACUUAAGGCCCGAGAAGGUGGUGGUGGGAAUCGCAAAGGCAAAAGCAAAAAAUGGCGGCAGAUGUUACAGUUUCCCCACAUCAGCCAGUGUGAAGAGCUACGUCUCAGCCUUGAGCGUGACUACCACAGCCUGUGUGAGCGGCAGCCCAUUGGCCGCCUCCUGUUCCGUGAGUUCUGUGCAACAAGGCCCGAGCUGACCCGCUGUAUUGCCUUCCUGGAUGGGGUAGCUGAGUAUGAAGUGACCCCUGAUGAGAAGCGGAAGGCAUGUGGGCAGCGGCUAAUGCAGAAUUUUCUGAGCCAAACGGGUCCUGACCUCAUCCCUGAGGUCCCUCGGCAGCUAGUGACUGACUGUGCUCAGCAGCUAGAGCAGGGGCCCUGCAAAGACCUCUUUCAGGAACUUACCCGGCUGACCCACGAGUACCUGAGCGUGGCCCCUUUUGCUGACUACCUCGACAGCAUCUACUUCAACCGUUUCCUGCAGUGGAAGUGGCUAGAAAGGCAGCCAGUGACCAAAAACACCUUCAGGCAGUACCGAGUCCUGGGCAAAGGUGGCUUUGGGGAGGUGUGUGCCUGCCAGGUACGGGCAACGGGCAAAAUGUACGCCUGCAAGAAGCUGGAGAAGAAGCGGAUCAAGAAGCGAAAAGGGGAGGCCAUGGCACUCAACGAAAAGCAGAUACUGGAGAAAGUGAACAGUAGGUUUGUAGUGAGCUUGGCCUAUGCCUAUGAGACCAAGGACGCCCUGUGCUUAGUGCUGACCCUGAUGAAUGGAGGUGACCUCAAGUUCCACAUCUACCACAUGGGCCAGGCUGGCUUCCCUGAAGCACGUGCGGUCUUCUAUGCUGCUGAAAUCUGCUGUGGCCUGGAGGACCUGCACCGGGAGCGCAUUGUGUACAGAGACCUGAAGCCAGAGAACAUUCUGCUGGAUGACCACGGCCACAUCCGCAUCUCCGACCUGGGACUUGCUGUGCAUGUACCUGAGGGCCAGACCAUCAAAGGCCGUGUGGGCACUGUGGGCUACAUGGCUCCGGAGGUGGUGAAGAAUGAGCGGUACACAUUCAGCCCUGACUGGUGGGCACUGGGCUGCCUCUUGUAUGAGAUGAUUGCCGGUCAGUCGCCCUUCCAGCAGAGAAAAAAGAAGAUCAAGAGGGAGGAGGUGGAGCGGCUAGUGAAGGAGGUGCCUGAAGAGUAUUCAGAGCGCUUUUCCUUGCAGGCCCGCUCGCUCUGUUCCCAGCUCCUCUGUAAGGACCCUGCUGAGCGCCUGGGUUGUCGUGGGGGCAGCGCCCGGGAGGUGAAAGAGCAUCCUCUCUUCAAGAAGCUGAACUUUAAACGUCUGGGAGCGGGUAUGCUGGAGCCACCCUUCAAGCCUGAUCCCCAGGCUAUUUAUUGCAAGGAUGUUCUGGACAUUGAACAGUUCUCCACAGUCAAAGGUGUAGAGUUAGAGCCUGCCGACCAGGACUUCUACCAGAAGUUUGCUACAGGCAGUGUGCCCAUCCCUUGGCAGAAUGAGAUGGUAGAGACAGAGUGCUUCCAGGAGCUGAAUGUCUUUGGGCUGGAUGGUUCAGUUCCCCCAGACCUGGACUGGAAGGGCCAGCCGCCUGCACCACCCAAGAAGGGGCUGCUGCAAAGACUCUUCAGCCGCCAGAGGAUUGCUGUGGGAACUGCAGUGACAGUGAGGAAGAGCUCCCCACCCGACUUGAGCUCCCCACCCGCCUCUAGCCCCCAGUCUGAAGUGCCCACCAGCGGCUGGCGGUAGCAGCUACUCCGGGCGCUGUUUACAGUUUUGCACAGUGGUCUUCCCUGUUGUCCACUUGAGUUGUGGCCUGGGGAAUGGCGGGAGCUGUCCCCAGUGUCCUCUGCCCUUCAGCCUCUGGCCUGGCUGAGUUUGGCAAGGAAGGCCUGGGCCUUCCUUGGGACAAAGGUGCGUCCCUUCAGCUCUUCUCCAUGGAGCUCGGGGCUUUCUGUAUUUAUGUAUUUGUACGAAUGUAUAUAGCAACCAACAUUCUUAACUCCUACCCUAGACUGGGCAGCCCUGCCUCAGCUCCCUGGGACAAUGGGCCCUGGCUGAGAAAGCAAGAGCUGGCAGAGGAGCCACUGCCAAACUCAAGCCACUUCAGGCCCAGCUUGGAUGGGCCAAGACUGGGCCAGAUCCCCGAGCUCCCAGCACUGUGCUGGCCACCAGUGGCCUUCAAGUGAGACUCAUGCCUGCCCCUACCGCCCUGGGCUCAGGCUGCUACUUUCUGGGGCCCAUUUUAGUCCCUUCUCAGUGCUUGUCAGAGCUGGAUAUGGGGCCCUGUGUGGGGUCCCUAGGUCUGUGCCAAAGUAUGAGCAGAGAUUGGCUGGCCAGAGGCCUAUCAGACCCUGUCCCAGGUGUGUAUGCAUUUGCCUUCCAGCUCCCAGGCGCCUCAUCCUUGAUGCUGGGCCCUGUCCUGAAGACGCCUCUUUCAGAAAUGCCCCUACCUAGGCCAUGGGUGGGGAUGUCCCUGGCCAACCCUGAAACAUUCCGGACUCCCUUCAUAACAACAGACACACGUGCCCAGCAAUAACCUGCCCCUGCUGUGUGUGUGUGAGAUUGUGUGUGUGUGUGUAUCUGUGAGCGGAUGAAGAGGGUAGGGUAAGGCUGUGCCUGAGCCCCAGGCCCUAGUUGUGGCCCUUCCCGGACUGUGAUGUACGUCCUGGUCCCAGUGUCGGGGUAGCGUGGGAUUUCAGGGCCCUGGUUUUCCGUAUUUAAAGCCAAAUUUUCUUACUCAUUUGCCCAGUAUAAGCUGCCACGUGUCUAUGUGUGAAUACAGUCCAAGCACAAACCUG